UGUAUUUGUAUAUAAAAUAAGUAAAAAUUUUACUAUUAUUCUUAUGUAGUUAUUAUAAGAACUAGUAGUGAAUAAGUCAUAAGAAGGAAGCACUAUGCGUAAGCAGGAGAGAAUUUAAUCUUUGUAAUAAACUAAAAACGCCUGCGAACGCUUAAAAAAACACUUUACAUCCAUACCUUUAUACAUUUGAUUAUAUUUCACUUUUUAUACUCCUCAUUAGCACUUUAAAUGUUUCUCUUAUAGAAUUGAGAAGCAAUUAAUGAAAACUAACUAAAGAUGAAUACAAAGGAUAAGAUAUGCGGAUUAAGGAAAAGUGAGUUAGUUUUUUUUAAAAGAGAAAUGAAAAAAGAAAGAAGAAUAGAGAAAAGGAUAUAGGAAGAGUUAAGAAUGAUAGAAAAAAUGAUAGUUGAAAACAUUGAUAUAUUUCUUAUUAACUAUGUUUUUCCAACGACAAAGAAACGUAUUACAUCCGCAAGUGAAUCACAACAAAUUUUCCAUAACAUAACAAAGAUUUUGUGAUCAUGCAAUCUAGCAUGCAGUUUGUUAUAACCGCUUGAACGAUUUCUGGAUUUUUCAUCCGUAGACUAGAGAUAAUAUCAAUGAGAUGCAUAAUCUAAAAUGGUGACGCUUUAUAGAAAGUUUUAUCCAUAUAACCAAGUAAAGCAAAACUAUUUUAGCAACUUUUUUUCUUUCUUGUCUUAAUUUCCUCUUUAGUUAGUAAAUUACCAAGUGCAAUCACUUCAUUCGUAAACAAUUUAUCUACUUAAAUAGACUAAUUAAAUUUAAACAAAUGAUCAAUUAUAGUAAUAAAAUAUUCACAUUAAUAAUAUUAUUGACAGGAAAACUGAAGUAGACGGUACAUUAUGUAAUUUAUUAAGAUUUACCCAAAUUAUAAUCUGUUAGGCCUAUAAGACAUAUGUAUACGUGAGUAUACGUAUUAUAAUAUAUCACAUAUACGUAACGGAAAUAAUAAACUGCAUCAGUACAACUGAACUCUGGAAUAAAAGCGGAGAACGGAAGUAGCCGACUGUUCGCAAAUCGAAUAGCCGAUGAAAGCUAGUUGCAUUUUCCUGAUUGUUUUAUUUAGGGAGCACGAGUCCGUGUGUAGAGAAGCCGAACAACCGAUGCUAAUCAACUUCUCACAGCGAAUUUCAAACGUUUAUGUCAAGCAUAUUCUGAUUGUUAAUGGCUGCCGAUGCGGGGUUUCUGUCAUUUACAGCUUCGACGUCGUCAUGGAAGGAACGUCGCUGCUCAAAUUCUCCAUAAACUCUAUAUUGGAUUUGAAUGAUGAAGACGGUACGACGAGUUACGAUGAAGAGAAAAGUGAAGUUCAGCAGACGGAUAAGACGAAAAGACAGAGAACAACUUUUUCAACGGGCCAAUUGCAAGACCUGGAGCGAGCUUUUCGAAAGACUCACUACCCGGAUGUGUUCAUGAGAGAAAAACUCGCCGCUCGCCUCCGCUUACCUGAAUCCCGUGUUCAAGUUUGGUUUCAGAAUAGGCGAGCGAAGUGGCGAAAGAAGGAAAAGCACCUGUUCAAUGGACCCCAAUUUUGCAGUGCUAUGGCUGGCCAACAGUGGACUUCCCAACAGCAUAGCGGCCUACAAGCUUAUCAGCAAUUGUUUAGAGCUCCAUUUGUAUCUCCGCCUUCCGCCCUACUACCCCUUCAAGCAUUUGAACUGUUGGCGCCGUCUAUUAACGACGAUUUGGAAGGUACCACUCGUACCAGUUUGCAGCUGAAAGCAAGAGAACACGCCGCAUCUCUGGCCUUGAUGCAUGUUCGAAAUUCAUUUUAAAAAAAGGCGCGAAAAAAACUCUUUUCGUAUUUUUCUUAUUAACAAAUGUCUAACAGUGUCGUGUUAACGAUUUUUGAACUGAAUCAUAAAUCCAGCUAAUUGUUAAAUAAAAAGUAAUACAGUAAAUCUAUAUGGGAGGUGAGUAAACACCGGUGACGAGCGUAAAAGUGCUGACAAACUGAUUUUAUGAUUCAUCUAACCGCAACAGAUGGCGUUGAAUAUGGAAUAUUACGAUGACGUCAUAACAAACAAUAUUGUUCGUUAAUCGUUGGCGGUUACCAUAUAUACCAGAGCAGGUCAAAGCCGUCAUUACCUGUAUAUAUCUAUAAUUUGUUCAUAUAUGUAUGUAGUAU